GUGACCUCUGUGCUGCUGCUGCGGCGCACUGCAGCAGCAGCAGCGCCGCUGCUGCUGGAUGGGGAGCAGCUGCAGCUUGCUGCAGUGUGGCUAAAUGGGGAACUUCUUGAACGAGAAGCAGCAGACCCCAGCAGCAGCAGCAGCAGCAGCAGCAGCAGCGGCAGCAGCAGCGGGGAGACAGCAGCAGCAGCAGCAGCAGCAGCAAAGAAGACGUACCGGCUGCUGCCGGACGGGCGUUUGCUGCUGCAGCAGGAGCUGCUGCCCGCAGCAGCGGGGGAGGCGUUCUUGCUGCGGACUGAGACAGACCUGAUGUUCUUUCCAGGUUCUCCGUGA